ACAAAAUUAAAAAAUGGUUGCUUCCAUCAAGUUUCUUUGUGUACUCUUCUUCUUUUGUCUCCUCUCCAAAGGCAAGAGCCAAUGCUCCAUGAAUGACAUUACAAUCAGUCAAAGUACAACUGGAAAAGAAGUGAAUGGGAAACAAGAAUGGAGAGCCACAAUCACAAACAAUUGUGUUUGUUCACAAUAUAGUGUGAAAUUUGAUUGCAAUGGAUUUAACAGUGUUGAGAAAGUUGAUGAAUCCAUCUUGAUGGUUGCUGGAUCAGAGUGUUUGGUUAACAAUGGUCAACCAAUGUUUAAAUCAAACCCCAUCUCCUUCACUUAUGCUUGGGACAAUGCCUUUUCUUUCAAGCCCCUCUUCUCUCAAGUUGCUUGUUCUUAAACUUCUCCUUUCUCAUUUUUCCAUCUCAAACAACUCCUCCUUACCUAUUUAGCAAUAAUUAGCAAAGUUUGUAUUGGUCUUUGAUAAUAUCAAUUUUCAUUUAUUUC